AUGUCGACCAUUUCUGCAGUCAUCACCAAGGAUCACCGCGAGCUCGAACAGUACUACAAUGAAGUCAUCAAUAACCCGAAUAAUCAUGACCAUCAGCAACGUUUUGGUAACCAAUUCACCUGGGAGCUCGCGCGCCACUCUGUAGGCGAGGAAUUGGUUGUGUAUCCCGCGUUUGAAAAGUACCUCAGCAAAGAAGGCAAGGAAAUGGCCGAAAAUGACCGCAAGGAGCACCACACUGUCAAGGAGAUGCUCAAAGUCUUUCAGGGAACGAAGGCUUCAGACCCGAACUAUCUAGAACAGCUUAGCAAGCUCUGGGGUCCGUUGUCUCAACACAUGAAGGAGGAGGAAGAACGGGAUAUGCCAGCCUUAGAGAGGAAGCUUCAAGAGACGAGCGAGGAGUCGGCGUCGAUGGCUAAAACCUUCGGCCGUACGAAGGCCUUUGUACCGACGCGCAGCCACCCCAGCGCUGGCGAGCAUCCGCCAUUCGAGACCGUCAUGGGUUUGCUGACUGCCCCUAUUGAUCAUGUUGCGGACCUUUUUCGGAAGUUCCCUGAUAAGACUAUAUCUCCGAAUCCGUCUGUCGUAAGAUGA